UACUUAAAGCAUAUUACUGACAUGAGUGAGGAGCUCAUCGAGAGAGGCUUAAAACCCUGACCUGAAGGUUUGGGGUGUUUUUAAGACACCACAACAAGCAAUGAACAAACUUUCAGCCAAGAUCUCUCCUUCCUCUGGACCGGUACCUGUCGCACUUCACCUGCCCACACCAACAAGCGAGAAGGAUCCCCUGGAACAGACUUUAGUUCAGGACGAAUCUGAUGCCGAAAAACCAUCUAAACGCUGCUGCGCUCGAUGUCCAUUUCGAGCUGUACGACGGGUGAUGUGUGGGCUCAUUUUGGGGUCUUGUCUGGCCGUUUCCUGGGCCUGGGGAACUCAUAGCGCUAAAGAGACUCUGAUAAGACAUCCAACACCGUUCUUCAUCAUCUGGUUCUGUAGCAUCUGGAACGUCCUCUUUUUCCCAGUCUACUAUCUGUGCCAUCUUCUCACAGAGAAACAGAAGAGGUUGCCAAAAACCGAGUUCAGAAAGUGCAGUGUGUUCCUGGGUGAGGAGUUGACUGUGCGGUUUGUUCUGAAAGGAGCAGCUCCAUUCUCGCUGCUAUGGGGUUUAUCUGGAUAUCUGUACUUGCUGGCGCUCUGCCGCAUCUCCAAAGUGGACGUAAGUGCCGUCCUCUGCUGCUGCCAGGCUUUUACUUUCCUCCUUUCAUGGAUCGGACUCAAAGACCGCUUUAUGGGUGUGAGGAUAGUGGCUGUCAUCCUGUCCAUCACUGGGAUUGUUAUGUUGGCCUACGGGGACGGAUUUCAUAGUGACUCAAUCACAGGAGUGGCACUGGGAGUUGGUUCGGCCUCAACUUUAGCUUUAUUCAAGGUGCUUUUCAGAAAGUGCGUAGGGGAAGUGCAACCAGGUCCUGCCAGCGUGUUGUUGUCCUGCGUGGGUCUGUGCAGCUUUGUCCUGCACUCGUGGGUGUGUGUGUUGCUUUAUUUCACACACGUGGAAUACUGGCCUCCCUCUCAGCAUAUCCCCUGGGACAAACUAUGCGUCAUGGCUUCUCUACUGCUGGUUUUCAAUCUGCUGGUAAAUCUGGGAGAAAUGUUUACGUACCCCAGUUUAAUUUCCCUGGGAAUUCUCUUGACAAUUCCAGCAAGUGCAGCUGUGGAUGGCUUAGUGACGUUAACUCUGCAGAUCAGCCAUGUGCGAGCAGCGGCCGCCGCCAUCAUCUCAGCUGGAUAUCUGAUGCUGCAGCUUCCAGAAAACUGGGAUGAGAGCACUUUCCGCUGGCUCAGCGCACUGUGGCGUGGAAACUGGCGAGAGGACAGUAUUGUUGGAGAGGAAUCUAUGGUGGACACUGCUGGGAUUUUACGAACAAAAGCCAAACCAGCCGUAGUGACUCUCUAGCUGAGCCUUAAAAAUGCAGGAUUUUUUGGCUUCAUUAAAUCCUUGAAGAAAACAAAGACUUUUCAAUGUUCUUUGGAUUUUAACCUGUCCUUCUAAGAUAUGAAUGGUUUAUUUAGGAACUGUUCCUAGUAUGUUUUUAAUGAUUUUACCAUAUUUGAAUACUUUGUUGAAACCUACAUGAGUGCUGGUGACUUAUAAAAUAUUUAAAAAAAAAUUUUUUUUAUAAAAUCUGUAGGAAUGAAGUUUUAAUAUUAUCCAAUUUCUGAGUACUGGGUUGUGGCUGGAAGGGCAUCUGCUGCGUAAAACACACUGGAAUAGUUGACAGUUCAUUCCGCUGUGGCGACCCCUGAUAAAUAAAGGGAUUAAGCUGAAGGAAAGUGAAUGAAGGAACAUUAUCGGUUUUGAAGUCUCCAACCUUAAUCCCUCUAGUGCUGUUCAAAUUUGCAUGGACGUUUGUGCUAAUACCACAACUGUAAGAACUAAUAAAAAUGUAAUUAUUGUC